UCACCCUUUCUUUCUUWCGAUCUCAAUCGUUUUCUUUCAUUUCAAUCUCAACGGAACUAGAAGAUGGCGGAAUCAGAAGAUAUUCAGCCCCUUGUUUGCGAUAAUGGAACUGGAAUGGUCAAGGCUGGAUUUGCUGGAGAUGAUGCCCCAAGAGCAGUUUUCCCUAGCAUUGUUGGGCGCCCACGUCACACGGGAGUUAUGGUUGGGAUGGGUCAGAAGGAUGCAUAUGUGGGAGAUGAAGCUCAGUCGAAGAGAGGUAUUCUUACUUUGAAAUACCCAAUUGAACACGGUAUUGUGAGCAACUGGGACGACAUGGAAAAGAUUUGGCAUCACACCUUCUACAAUGAACUCCGUGUGGCUCCAGAAGAACACCCAGUUCUUCUUACUGAAGCACCCCUUAAUCCAAAAGCCAAUCGUGAAAAGAUGACACAAAUUAUGUUUGAAACCUUCAAUGCUCCUGCUAUGUAUGUUGCUAUUCAGGCUGUUCUUUCACUGUAUGCCAGUGGUCGUACGACUGGUAUCGUUCUUGACUCUGGAGAUGGUGUCAGCCAUACGGUUCCUAUUUACGAAGGUUAUGCACUCCCACAUGCUAUUUUACGUUUGGAUCUUGCUGGGCGUGACCUGACUGAUGCCUUGAUGAAAAUUCUUACUGAACGAGGUUAUUCCUUCACAACAUCUGCUGAGCGGGAAAUCGUGAGAGAUAUGAAAGAGAAGUUGGCCUAUAUUGCACUUGACUUUGAACAGGAGCUAGAAACGGCCAAGACUAGUUCUGCAGUGGAAAAGAGCUACGAGUUACCAGAUGGGCAGGUGAUCACCAUUGGAGCUGAGCGUUUCAGGUGUCCUGAAGUCCUUUUCCAGCCAUCCAUGAUMGGAAUGGAAGCUGCUGGCAUUCAUGAGACCACAUACAACUCCAUAAUGAAGUGCGACGUGGAUAUUAGGAAGGAUUUGUAUGGAAACAUCGUGCUCAGUGGUGGUACCACCAUGUUUCCUGGUAUUGCUGAUAGAAUGAGCAAGGAAAUCACUGCACUGGCUCCAAGCAGCAUGAAGAUUAAGGUGGUGGCUCCACCCGAAAGGAAAUACAGUGUCUGGAUUGGAGGGUCGAUCUUGGCUUCCCUCAGCACCUUCCAGCAGAUGUGGAUCGCGAAGGCUGAAUAUGACGAGUCUGGCCCUUCUAUUGUGCACAGGAAAUGUUUCUAAUCAUGGAAAGAAUGAAGAAAAAAGAACAAUCGGUACUGUUCAAUACACAAUUCAGGUUCAGGAGACGUUGCUUUCUCGCCAUCUCCAUUCCCCCGUUUUUCCACAUUCAGAUUUUCAUCCAGAUUAUGAAGCUUGAGCAGGCA